ACACGGACCAAUCAUGAACAGAAGCAUGUCUAAGAAUAUAAAUAUAGGACCAUGUACACUAACUGAAUCACUCGUCUAUGUACAUAUUGUCAACAUACACUGAUGGCCGUCACUAUCAAAAUAAACGACGAAGCCAUUUUUCCACAAAAGUUGGUAUAGUAUUAAUUACAGAAAAGUAUUGUUGUGUCGCUGCAUUGAUGGUUGGGAUUCUUAUCAAAACAACGAAAAUAACUGUUUCUGCAAAGUGUAGGUACAGUGAUAUUAUUCUAAUCACACACGACACAUCAAAGUGCAUUACACGGACCAAUCAUGAACAGAAGCAUGUCUAAGAAUAUAAAUAUAGGACCAUGUACACUAACUGAAUCACUCGUGAGUAUUACCAUUCGAUAUGGAUGUACAUGUAUCUCACGAUUGUGUCCAGUGUACCCGUGUGGUGAGACCGCGACAGGAGGCGCUUCAGUGCGACAUCUGUCAUAGAUGGCAACACAGAACAUGCAAGUCUGGUAAUACUGUAAGUGACGACGAACUGCAGUUCGAGAUUUUGGAGAAGGGAACGAAGAACUUCCGCAACGCCCUCAUCAAUAACCAUGGCUAUUCCUACAACAAGAAGGUGAAGCAGGAUGCACUCAGCAACAUCUUCAUGUCGUCCGGAACCAUCGCCGAGAAAGCUCUGUUUUCCAUGGCAGACACCGAGCAACCGAUCCACAGCCGACCGAAAGCCACGAACCUGUCCAGAAUGGCCAACCGUGCACGUGAGCGCUGUCGCCCGAAAGAACCAAACCAAACCAAACUCCACAAUUUUGACAGUAUAUUUGACAGUCUACACGGUCAUCAACAAAAACUAAAUUGA